CAAGAAUAGCUUUUCCAAUGACUGCAAACUAGAAAAUGCACCAGACUCUACAUGGGAAAGUUCAUUAUAUGAAACAAAAAGAUAUUUUAGUGAUACCAAGUCUGAGAAUAUCCCACUUCUUAACAUUCUGAGUUUAUUGCUACUCAAGAUUAGCAUAUUCAAUGACUGUAAUCCAGAAAAUGCACCAGUCUCUAUCUGUGAAAGUUCAUUAUUCGAAAGGUCAAGAUAUAUCAGUGAUAUUAAGUCUGAGAAUAUUCCACCAGUUAACAUUGUGAGUUUAUUGUUCCCCAAGUAUAGCUUUUCCAAUGACUGCAAAUCAGAAAAUGUACCAGCCUCCAGAUGGGAUAUUUCAUUAUUUCUAAGGGAUAGCUCUUC